ACUCUUUGCAGGCUGUUAGGCUGUCUAGUCACAGAGGAAGGCUGUGCUUAUCUGGUCUCAGCUCUGAGGUCAAACCCCUCACACCUGAGAGAGCUGGAUCUGAGUAACAAUGACCUGAAAGAUUCAGGAGUGAAGUUGCUCUCUGAUGGACUUGGGAAUCCCCACUGUAAACUGGAGACUCUGAGGCUGUCAGGCUGUCUAGUCACAGAGGAAGGCUGUGCUUCUCUGGUCUCAGCUCUGAGGUCAAACCCCUCACACCUGAGAGAGCUGGACCUGAGCUACAAUCACCCAGGAGACUCAGGAGUCAGACUGCUCUCUGCUGGACUGGAGGAUCCACACUGCAGACUGGAGAAACUCAAUGUGGAACAUGGUGGAGAGAACAGAAUGAAACCUGGGCUUAGAAAAUAUGUCUGUGAUCUCACACUGGAUCCAAACACAGUAAACAGACUCCUCUCUCUGUCUGAGGAGAACAGAAAGGUGACAUGGAGGACAGAGGAGCAGCCGUAUCCUGAUCACCCAGAGAGAUUUGAGGGCUGUAAACAGGUGCUGUGUAGAGAGGGUCUGACUGGGCGCUGUUACUGGGAGGUAGAGUGGAGUGGGAGGGGGGCUGUUAUUGGAGUGACAUAUAAAGGAAUCAACAGGAGUGGAGGGGGUAAUGACUGUGUGAUUGGAUUAAAUGACAAGUCCUGGACUCUGUUCUGCUCUGACAACAGUUACACUGCCUGGCACAAUGAUAAUACCACUACCAUAGACGUCCCCUCCUCCAGCUCCCACAGAGUAGGAGUGUAUCUGGACUGGCCAGCCGGCACUCUGUCCUUCUAUAGAGCCUCCUCUGACACACUGACCCACCUGAUCACAUUCACCUCCACAUUCACUGAGCCACUCUAUCCAGGGUUUGGGGUUUAUUAUGAUGGCAACUCAGUGUCACUUUAAACAAUAACACACAAAGAACACAAACACUGGACGGACACACACACACACACACACACACACACACUGGACACACACACAUACUGGACACACACAACCAGGACACACACACACAGGACACAAAAACACUGGACGGAGACACACACACACAAACACACACACACACACACACACAGGACAUAUACACAGGACACACACAGAGGACACACAGGACACAAACACACAAGAUACACACACACACACACACACACUGGACACACACACACUGACACACACACACUCUGGACACACACACUGGGCACACUCUCACACACACACAAACGCGUCUUCCUAUAAUUGUGAGGACCUUGACUCAGGAACUUCAAAUGAUUUUUCUGAUAGAAUUGGGAACAGACACCUCAUUCCAGCACCAAGUGGUCCCACAAACACAGAGGUGUAAAUAUAACAGGAAUACAAAUAUUAUUCCAGACAUUAUAGACUAGAACUCCUUAUGAAUGUCUGCAGCCGAUGAGACUGUUGGCGUCUGACAAGAGGUGAAAAUAUUACAGGAAUAUUCUGCAAAUGUUGAUGAAGACGUCACUCAAUCCCUCCAAAACAUCAUGCAGUCUUUCCACAAGACUCCCAUGAAGUUAUAGUGUGACGUUAUGAGUUAACGUUAAAGUAACAUUCUCAGAACAUACUGCACUUGUUUUAUACUGUUUUAGAUGGAUCCUCUGUUUAUCAUCUUGUUUUAUACUGUUUUAGAUGGAUCCUCUGUUUAUCAUCUUGUUUUAUACUGUUUUAGAUGGAUCCUCUGUUUAUCCUCUUGUUUUAUACUGUUUUAGAUGGAUCCUCUGUUUAUCAUCUUGUUUUAUACUGUUUUAGAUGGAUCCUCUGUUUAUCAUCUUGUUUUAAACUGUUUUAGAUGGAUCCUCUGUUUAAACAUUUAAACUCUUACAAUAUCACCGUUAAAAUACCAAUGUGAUCAUUUGUUGUAUGUUUUUUUAUGUUGAAAAACAAAUACAAUUAUACAUGGACAUAUGCUCCAUAGUUGUACAAGUAUAUAAGGAUAUAUUGUACUUUUUGUAAUAAAACGUACUUAAAACAAGAAAAA